GCUAAAAGAUUUCCUAUACAAGUAGAAAGCAAAACUUCGGUUUUGUACAAGGGAAACCGAGUGUUUUACAUUUUCUUAGAGACUUCUUGGGAGAAGGAGUCAUGGUGUAAAGCUCUUCGUCUUGCUGCUUGCGAGAAUCAGGAAAGGUUUAUUUGGUCCACCAAAUUGAAAGACGAGUUCCGAUACUACUUGGCUUCCCUUAAUGCUGCUUAUCCUUCUUUUAUGAAACCAUCAGCUGGGUUUAGUUUUGAGUCAUUGGACAAAGGGAUUAAAGUGGAUGGUCCUUCAUCCAAGGUUCGUUUAUUCUGGAAGAAGUUUUCGAAGAAGUGCUCACCUAAAGUGAAUAUGCCCCCGUCGGGUCGUGAAGACAAGAAGACUUCAACCCGGCCUUACCAAGAUUCACAAUCUACCGGUGGCUCUGGAAAGAGCACCCCAGCAAGAAGGAUGCAAGAUAACAUCCCUGAGGAAACCGAUGUCCAAGUU